AUGUCCUACCUAUGUCCUGUUUCUGUUGGUGGACAAACCCUCAACUUGAACUUCGACAGUGGCAGUGCAGACCUUUGGGUUUACUCCACACUGCAACCAAGUUCGCAGCAAAGUGGGCACUCGAUAUACGAUCCUACCAAGAGUUCAACAUCGCAACUACUAGUCGGCAACACUUGGUCGAUCAAGUAUGGCGACGGCUCCAGCGCAAGUGGCAAUGUCUACGCAGACAAGGUCAUAAUCGGGAGUGUGACAGCAACAUCUCAGGCCGUAGAGGCGGCGACGUCAGUCUCGAGUUCUUUCCUCAAGGAUGUCAACAACGAUGGGCUUGUUGGCCUGUCGUUUAGCAACAUCAAUACUGUCUCGCCCAGCCAGCAGAAGACUUUCUUCGACACGGUCAAGAGCUCACUAGCGCUGCCUCUCUGGACCGCCAAUCUGAAGAAAGGUUCUCCAGGCACUUACGAUUUUGGUUACAUCGACUCUUCCAAGUACUCUGGCAAAAUUACCUACGUUGAUGUGAAUAGCGCCAGCGGGUUCUGGCAAUUCACCAGUGAUGGAUAUCAAAUUGGUUCUUCUUCUAGCGUCAGCUCUUCCAUUGUUGCCAUUGCUGACACUGGCACUUCGCUCAUGUAUCUUCCCUCGAGCGUCGUGACUGCGUACUGGAGCCAAGUCAGUGGGUCUGGAUACGACACGAAUCAAGGUGGUUACACUUAUCCUUGCAGCUCUGGGUUGCCUGACUUCAAGCUGGUAGUCGGAGGCAGCAAAUUUACAGUGCCCGGCAGCUACAUGAACUACGCUCAGAUCUCAUACACCACCUGCUUUGGAGGUCUGCAGCAGAACACGGGACUGAGCUUUAGCAUUUUGGGCGACAUUUUCCUCAAGUCCCAGUUCAUGGUCUUUUCUGAAGUUGGAGGCUCGGCGUCACUCGGGUUUGCCGCCAUGUACAACGGUACAGCAGGCGAGGGGGACGGCGAUGAAUGGGAAUGCGAGGACUAA